ACGCCUAGCUGACUGUUUCCUUUGGCGCCAAGAAGUGUGUAUCAAGCAUCUUGACCUGCACUGACCCUGUUCAUCGUAACUUUCACUGUGAUCAUAAUAGAGUGGAAAGUUGUCUGGCUCUUCAAUAAUGUCUCUCAAGCUGAAAUAUUUGGAGAUUGAGGACUUCAAGACGUAUUAUGGGAAACAUGUGUUUGGCCCGCUGCCUUCUUUCACCGCCGUCAUUGGCCCGAAUGGAGGAGGAAAGUCAAACAUUUUAGAUGCCAUUGCCUUUGUGCUUGGCGAGAGGUUGACUGCGCUGAGAGUGAAGAAGGGCAAGCAGUUGAUUCACCGGGAAAAGGCGGUGGAUGAUGGUGAGGGUGAUGACGCCGCCACGGCCUCCGUCACCGCUGUCUUCUCGCUCCCUGAUGGCAGCGAGAAGGCAUUCAAGAGGGUGAUGUCUAGUCAGGGGUCUGAGUUCCUGGUGGAUGGCACGGAGGUUUCCUUCAGCACCUACCAGAAGCGCUUGCAAGAACUGGGUAUCAACUUGCUCUGCCGUAACUUCAUUGUGUUCCAGGGCAGCGUGGAGUCCAUAGCUAUGUAUGGGAGCAACGAGAAAGUGAAGAUGUUUGAGGAGAUAUCAGGAUCGAGUGCACUGAAGACAGAGUACAAUCAUCUGAGGAAGGAGAUGGCAAGAGCUGAGGAAGAGAUGACUGCUGAUUUUGAGAAGCUGAAUAUGGUGGUGAGCCAAUAUCAUGACCUGAAGCUGGACAGGAGACAGGAGCAGAAGUAUGAGGAGCUGGAGAAAGAAUAUAAGAGAGAAAAGAUCAAGCUACAACUCUUCCGGCUAUACCAUAUCGGCACUGCUCAGGAGAGCCUUCAGGGAGAGGUGGAGGUGAAGGAGCAGGCCCUCAAGGAACUGAAGGAGAAAGGGAAAAAACAGGCAGAGAACUUGGAGGAAAAGCGGAAAAAUCAAACUGUGAUUGUACAAGAAAUGGGCAGUAUGGAGCAGAAUGUUGGGGAACUGGAGAUCCAGCUGAGCAAAAAACGUUCAGAACUUGUGACGGUCAAAGAUUGUCUGGCUGAGAGAAUGAAGAAGAAGAAUAUUUGCUCAAAUCUUCUUGCUAAGGCAAAGGAUGCUCAAGAUGACCAGCUGAGGAAGUUGGAGGAUCUGAAGAAGGAGUUGGAAAAGACUGAGAUUUUAGCAGCUCAGUUUGAAAAGAGGCUUGCAGAGGAGGCUUUGAAAAUGGGUAAAAGUGUGCAGCUGGAGGGCGAGCAACUGAAGAAAUACCAUCAGCUCAAGCAGCAGGUAGGUCAGUGCUGUGUUACCUUGCAGCAGAAAGUGGACUACCUUUCCCGUCAGCUUAAGACACAACUCGAUCAGCUGGCAAAUGAGAACCGUCGGAUGGAGGAGAGACAGGAGGCUCUGAGGCGGAAGCAGGAGGAGGUGCAGGAUCUGAAGAAAAGGAUAGAGAGGCUGACUGCGAAUUUGAAGUUGAAGAAAGAGUCUUUGGCAGAGAAACAGCAGGUGCUCAAGGAUAUGCAGAAGGAAGUCAUCUGCAAAAGGGACAGGGUGAAGAGAUUGCAGAAUGAGCUGGAGACCUUAACAGAUGAACUAAAUGAAGCUACUUGGGAUGUCAAUCAGAUCCAGAGGCACACCAAGAAGCGGGAGGUGUUGGAGAUGCUUCGAGAAAAGUUUCCUGGCAUUUAUGACCGACUGAAGAAUCUGUGUCAGCCUAUACACCCAAAGUACCACUUGGCCAUCACCCGUGUCCUCUUCAAACACCUGGACUCCAUCGUGGUGGACAACGAGGUCACAGCCCGCAGGUGUAUUAAUUAUUUGUGUGACCAAAGGAUUGAUCGAGAAACCUUCCUCCCACUCAACUAUCUGCAGGUUCAUCCAGUGAGGGAGAGUCUCAGGGCAAUACAGGACCCACAGAAUGUUAAACUGGCCUUUGAUUUGAUUAAGUUUGAACCUCCAGAAGUGAAGAUGGCAGUGCUGUUUGCCACCAAUGAUAUUUUGGUAUGUGACACUCCUGAAGAUGCCAUGAAGGUUGCGUACGAGAUUGACGAGAGGAGGCUCAGUGCAGUGGCUCUCGAUGGGACCUUCUUCAGCAAGUCUGGGCUGGUGUCAGGUGGCAAGUUAGAUUUGGAGAAGAAGGCAAAGUGUUGGAGUGAAAAGAAUGUAGCAAAGAUGAGGAGCAAGAAAAAUACAGUCAUGGGAGAACUGAGGGAGCUGCAGAAGGUGGCAAGGGAAGAGUCUGAGAUUAAAAUUUUGGAGGUCCAGGUUCACGGGCAAGAGGCACAGGUGAAAUAUGUAUCCUUGGAAUUAGAUCACUUCCACAACCAAAUAGAAGAAUUGGAGGAACAACAGAGAAAAAUGGAAGAGGAACUGAUGAUUCAUACUGACCUCCUUGAAACAAUGCAAGCAGCCACAACAGAACAUGAAAUGGAAAUAUUGAAGUAAAGGAGGAGAUGAAUAAGAAGGAAAA